AUGGGUUUCCUAGGUGUAUACUCGGCCCUCUACGACUACCACCCCCAGGCGCAGGGGGAAUUAGAGCUGCGCGAAGGUGAUUUACUGUAUAUUUUGGAGAAAAGCGCGGAGGAUGCCUGGUGGAAGGCCAAGAAGAAGGCGGAGCGAGACGACGAGGACGAGCCUGAAGGCCUGGUGCCGAAUAACUACGUUGAGGAGGCUCAACCAAUUCACUCGGCUAAAGCGCUUUACGACUAUACUCGCCAAACCGACGAGGAGGUAUCCUUUUCGGAAGAUGCGGAACUGAUGGUGUACGAUACGGCGGAUCCGGACUGGACCUUAGUUGGUGUUGGUUCGGACUACGGCUUUGCCCCUGCAAAUUACAUCGAGAUAGACGCGCAGCCCGCCCAUGCUCCAACGACGCCUGCCAUCUCGUCUCCUCCGGCCGAGCCCGCCCCUCCUAGUCUUCCGCAACGGCCAGCGGCGGCGCCGGCAGAGGAAGCCCCGGAGCCCGUUGCCAGUCCUCCCGUCGACACGCCCCAAAAUUCGGCGGCCAGCGCAAUUGCGAACAUCAUUCACCAGCAGCAUGCAUCCCCCACGGAGCCUUCGGCUCCCCGAACUGUGCCACCUCCGCCUCAGCCUCAACCGUCUUACGAGCCCGAAGAAAGCUAUCGAAGCGAGCCCUCGCCGCCGCCCCCGGCUUUGCCUCGGCGCCCUCCGUCGGAGCAGAUUUCCUCUCCCGUGCGUUUCGAUCUCCCGCCGGAGCCUUCCCCACCCCCGCGGCCUAGGGUUGCCUCAAUCCAGGAAGGCGAGCGCAAAGGCCAUGUGCAGGAGUCUCCCCCGUACAACCGAGUUGGCCAGCCGGCACCGCGCUCGCCCUCCGGAUAUCACAUCUAUAACAUCAAUGAGAUGAUCGAGGUGAUGGGCAAGAGAAAGAAGAAGCCUACAACUCUGGGAAUCAACGCUGCCACCGGCACCAUCUUCAUCUCGCCCGAAGAUGACGGCGAGGAUCAGGAAUGGACUGCAGAUAAGCUGUCGCACUACUCAAUUGAGGGCAAACAUGUUUUCGUUGACAUGGUCCGUCCCAGCAGAAGUAUCGAUUUCCACGCCGGAGCCAAGGACACUGCCCGCGAGAUUGUCGCCGCCCUGGGUGAAAUCUCGGGCGCCUACCGCGCAGAAGGCCUGAGGGAAGUGAUCGCGGCCGGGUCCGGUGGCGGCGGUCAGAAGAAGGGACAGAUGGUGUACGAGUUCAUGGCCCAGGGCGAGGACGAAGUGACCGUGGCGCAGGGUGACGACGUCAUCGUCCUCGACGAUACCAAAUCUGACGAGUGGUGGAUGGUCCGGCGCUUGAAGAACGGCAAAGAGGGCGUUGUCCCCAGCAGCUAUGUGGAAAUCACCGGCGUCACGUCCAGCCAGUCCCCCGGAUUGGAUGCCGGUCUGUCCGCCAUCGAACGGAAUCGGCUCGAAGAGUCCAGGUUGACCAAGGAGGCGUUGCGCAAGUCAACUAUCGAAUCUAAGGAUUCGCGGAGUCCCGAGAAACGCGACAGCCGAAGCAGCCAUAAAUCCAAACCUGAUCCAAACAAAACGAGACAAUGGACCGACCGGACCAAGACGUUUACCGUGGAGGCUCAGUUCAUCGGCCUCCAAGACGGCAAGAUCCAUCUCCAUAAAACGAACGGCGUCAAAAUCGCCGUGCCCAUCCCGAAAAUGUCGGUCGAGGAUCUGGAAUUUGUGGAAAAGGCCACUGGUGUGUCCUUGGACGAGGAUAAGCCUCUAUCAGACAUUCGCCGUCGGUCUCAGAAACUCGAGCCCGAGCCCACUCGUUCCUCGGGCGAGGCCAAACGGUCCGGAGCUUCCAUCCAGCAGUCGGACUAUGACUGGUUCGAUUUUUUCCUCAAGGCAGGUGUUGGUCCUCAUCAGUGCGAGCGGUACUCCCAGAACUUCAUCAAGGAUUCGAUGGACGAGACUAUUCUUCCGGAAAUCACUCCCGAGGUUCUUCGAACGCUUGGGUUGAAGGAGGGUGAUAUCUUGCGGGUGAUGCGCCAUCUGGACACUUUGUUCAACCGCGCUGGCGGCAAACCUAAGCCGCGCAAUGUGAGCUUCGGCGGCGAAGAAGUGAUCGCCAACGGCGAGGAUGGCUCCUCGGGUGGCCUCUUUUCUGGACCAGGAGGCACGCUGCGCAACAAUACUCGCAAGGGCAGACCGGCCCCCGCCGUUCAGACCAACGACGUGGUUGAUCCUAAGGCUUUCGAGCAGAAGGACACUUCCACCUCGUCCGACCAGGACGCAACCCCCCCGGCUUCUGCUGCGGCCGAAAAGCCGGUCAAACAAGGCUUCGAUGACGACGCAUGGGAAGUCAAGCAGCCGAAACAGCCUGCCACCACCGCGCCAGCUGCGACGAGCUCCCCCCCUGCUACGACCUCGCCUGCCCCGACUCAGACUCCAACCCAGCCCACCCAGCAGCAGUUGACCGGAGCAUUGGCAGAUCUAUCAAUCCUUCAUCCUCCGCUUCAGCCCACUCCCACUGCGCAGCCUGCUCCUUCACCCCAGUCCCCGCCGGCUGCUGCGCCCAUGAUUCAACCCCAACCAACCGCCGUGCCUGUGUCUCAACCUCCGCCACAGCAGCCACAACAAACCGGGGCCAGCCCCGGGUUCUUCUCCCAACUGGGCCAGCCCGGACAGCAAGGGUUCAGCCCUCAAGCGACCGGCUUCCAGCAGGCCGCGAGACAACGCCCUCAGGCCCCGCAAACCCUGGGUCAGAGCUCUCUGCUGCCACCUCCGCCUCCGCGACCCCUUUCGGCCCCCCAGAAUUUCCCCCAGCAGCCGAACUCCUUUGGAGCCACUCCGCUGCAGCCCCAGCUUACAGGGAUCCCUCAAGCAGGGCCGCAGAUUGCGCCUCCCGGACAGAGCCUCGCCGAGCUCAACCAGCAGCGCUUCCAACCGUCGCUUCAGCCCCAACCAACCGGCUUUAUGCCUCAGAACCAAUUCCAAAACGGAUUGAUGCCGCAACCGACUGGCUUCCAGCCGCAGUCGCAGUUUGGGAUCCAGCAGCAGCAACAGCAACAGCCUGGGUUCCAGGGACUUAUGCCUCAGCCCACUGGCUUUGGAGGCUUCCAACCGCAGAUGCAGCAGCCGAUGCAAACCGGCAUCAAUUCCAUGCUUCCUCCAGCCUUGCAGCCUCAGCCCACCGGUUUGAAUGGUGUUGGUGGUAUGCCCUACAACGCAUCGCCGCCUCCGAUCCCGCCUAUUCCUCAACAGCCCACGGCAACGCCGUUGCAACCGCAAAAGACCGGGCCGCCUCCGUCGAUCAGGUUUGGCGUCAAGCCCGAGGCUCCCAAGAAGCUUGCUCCCCAGCCAACCGGUCUCAAGGCCAACCUUUCUCAAGCCACGCCUACGAAUCCGUUUGGCUUCUGA